AUGCUGAAGCGAAACAACCAAGGUGCUGCAACUCGUGCCACAAAGAGGAGGAAGCCAGCUUUUGAUGAUGCGAGAACACCAGCAGCCGACGCUCCUGGGCGAAAGGCAAAUGAUGACUACACCGUCGGGUGGAUCUGCGCUAUAAGGACGGAGUAUGUUGCCGCACAAGAAUUUCUCGACGAGGAGCACGAAGUACCGGAGUUUGUGUCACCAAACGAUACCAACGACUACACAUUGGGUAGACUUGGGAAGCAUAACGUCGUCAUCGCUGUGUUGCCCGAUGGUGAAUACGGAACGUCUUCCGCGGCCAGUGUAGCGACGAACAUGCUGCACAGCUUCCCCAAUAUCAGAAUAGGUUUAAUGGUCGGCAUUGGCGGCGGUGCACCAAGUGAGAAGCACGACAUUCGUCUGGGCGACAUUGUGAUCAGCGCACCUCGUGACGGCGAGGGCGGGGUGUUCCAGUACGACUUUGGCAAGACGAUCCAGGACCAGGCCUUUCAACACACGGGGUUUUUGAACCAGCCCCCGACAACUCUGCGAACUGCGUUGACGGGAAUCCAGGCCAAGUACGAGAGGAAGGGGCAUCAGCUUGAAGAGGCUAUCAACGACGUUCUCGAGAAGAGUCCGAGGCUACAACGACAAGGAUACAAGCGACCGCCGCCAGAAACUGAUAGGCUAUUUAAGGCCGAAGUUACUUGCGACUCGAGGGGCUGCGCAGCAUUCUGUGCUAAUGACCCAUCAAAUCUGGUACCGCGGCGCGAACGGACGAAACAUGACGAUAAUCCGGCAAUUCAUUACGGCCUGAUUGCUUCAGCAAACCAGUUGAUGAAGGACGCUUUAGUUCGGGAUAGGCUUGCAACGGAGAAGGACGUUCUGUGUUUUGAAAUGGAAGCAGCAGGCCUGAUGAAUCACUUUCCGUGUCUUGUGAUUCGCGGUAUAUGCGACUACUCGGACUCGCAUAAAAACAAGGAGUGGCAAGGAUAUGCAGCAAUGGCGGCGGCUGCCUAUGCGAAAGAUCUUUUAUAUCGGAUCGCCCCAAACAAGGUUGAGGCUGAGAAGAAGAUUGGCGAUAUUCUAUCCGGUAAUUCCAAGGUUGCAGAAGAGAACCGCGACCUUACAAAAGAGCAGCUCCAGGCCCAGAAAGACCUCGCCAAGGAGAGACUGUCCAAAGACGAACAAAAAGAAAAAGAAAAAGAAAAACAAAAGUGUCACCAGCUGUUCCGCCUCACAACUGACGGCAGCGACGCCACGUACGAGUGGUACAAAGGCCGAGUGGAAGAAAGGGUUGAAGGUACCUGCCUGUGGUUACUCAAACACAAGCAUUUCCAGAGCUGGUUGAAACAGGAGUCUGGGCCCUUGCUAGUCACGGCGGAUCCUGGCUGUGGAAAGUCGGUGUUGGCCAAGUACCUGAUCGACCAUGGCCUGCCACGAUCGACAACCAUCUGCUACUUCUUCUUCAAAGACCAAGACCAGAGCACUGUCCGGCAAGCACUUUGCGCACUGCUUCACCAACUCUUCUCUCAGAAGCCGUCUCUGAUCGAGCAUGCCUUGCCACAAUUCCGCAAGGAUGGGCAAGGAUUGAUCAACUCUACAGAAUCGCUGUGGGAGAUUCUACGGAACGCUAUAAAAGAUCCCCAAGCAGGACCCGUAAUCAUGGUCCUUGAUGCCCUGGACGAAUGUGCCGAAUCGGAGUUUGCGGACCUGAUGCGGAAUGUGAGGAGCCAAUCCCGUGGCCAACAGUUGGGCCAUGGCAAGUUGAAGUAUCUUCUAACGUGCCGCCCGUACGAGCAGAUCGUGUCCGAGUUCCACGGCCUAUUGGGCGCUUUUCCAAAUAUCCGUAUACCAGGAGAGGAAGAGUCGGAAGCCAUCAGUAAGGAGGUGAAUCGCGUCAUUACGCACCGGGUCAAUCAGCUGUCGGAGAAGAAGCGCCUCUCGCCCCAAACUGAGAGCCACCUGGAGAAAAGACUACAGGAGACUACCCACCGCACUUAUCUCUGGGUAUACCUUGUAUUUGACUACUUAGAGAAAGAAGACUUUAAAAAGACACCAAAGGGAGUUGAGUCCUCCAUUGCAACACUUCCGAGGAGUAUCAAUGAGGCAUAUGAUCGAAUUCUUAGCAAGUCUAAGGAAGACCCGAUAGUUCGAAAGGCCUUGAGUAUCAUCUUGGCCGCGAGUCGACCGCUAACACUCUCGGAAAUGAACAUUGCCAUGAAUAUAGACAACACAUCACAGUCUUUUCACGACCUCGACCUGGAGAAAGAAAUGGACUUCAAGUUAAAUCUCAGAUCUUGGUGUGGAUUGUUCGUCUCAACCCAUCACGGCAAGAUUUAUUUCCUUCAUCAAACUGCUCGCGAGUUUCUCCUCGCAGAUUUGGCGUCGCCUGCAACUGUUCCGUCAGAGCUACACUGGCAUCACUCCAUCACUACCCGCCACGCACACGCCGUUCUUGCAGAGCUCUGCGUGCGUUAUCUGAACUUCUUUAACUCCGACGUUAGCCUUCCGACAGAUGCGAAUGUAGAAGCCGGCCACUCCGUCGAUAGCCACGCCUUCUUAGAUUACUCGGCCAAAACUUGGGGCGCUCACUUCCGCGAGGCCGAUAUCAUCGAUGACGCUGCCCUUGUACCUCCCGCUCUGAGAAUUUGUGAUCCAGAUUCGAAGAGCUACUCGGCAUGGUUUAGAAUCUAUUGGAAGACUAUAGAUAGGUGGACUAUCCCGUAUUUUACGGAUCUUAUGGUACCGUCGUAUUUUGGACAUAAUGCCGUUGUCAAGCUGCUGCUCGACAAGGGCGCUGACGUCGAGGCGAAGGACAAGAACAACAGGUACGGUGGGACGCCGCUUUGGUGGGCCGCCCAGAACGGGCACGCGGCCGUCGUCAAGCUGCUGCUCGGCAAGGGCGCCGACGUCGAGGCGAAGGACAAGAACAACAGGUACGGUGGGACGCCGCUUUGGUGGGCCGCCCAGAACGGGCACGAGGCCGUCGUCAAGCUGCUGCUCGAGAAGGGCGCCGACGUCGAGGCCAAGGAUAGGGUUGAUGGUCGGACGCCGCUUUGGUGGGCCGCCCAGAGCGGGCACAAGGCCAUCGUCAAGCUGCUGCUCGACAAGGGCGCC